AUGAGGCUCAGAAGGGAACGUACUAAAGAAAAGGAAUCCAACGACAGGACAUGGUUUUGGCAACAGCGCCGCUACGUGGUGGCGCUGCUGGCGUUCUUCGGCUUCUUCAACGUUUACGCUCUCAGGGUGAAUCUGUCUGUGGCGGUGGUCGCCAUGACGGAGCCAGUGGAGACGAAACUAGACAACGGAACUGUGGUUAUGUUACCGGAAUUCGAUUGGGAUUCGAAAACCAAGGGGCUGAUACUUAGCUCCUUCUUCUACGGAUACUUAGUGACGCAGUUACCCGGCGGUUGGCUCGCUGCUAAAAUAGGAGGUAACAGAGUGUUCGCGAUAGGCAUAGGGGCGACUUCCUUGCUGACGUUACUGACCCCGCCCCUGGCAUAUACGAGUACAGCCCUGCUAAUUGCUGUUAGAGUUAUUGAAGGACUAUUCGAGGGGGCGACGUACCCGUGCAUACACGCGGUGUGGUCCCGCUGGGCGCCGGCGGAGGAGCGCGCGCGCCUCGCCACGUUCGCGUUCAGCGGCAGCUACGCGGGCACCGUCGUGUCCAUGCCCGUGUGCUCGCUACUGGCCGCGUACACCGGCUGGCCGGGCAUCUUCUACGUGUUCGGGAUAUUAGGCUUAGUAUGGACGAUGAUAUGGUGGUUGGUAGUGAAGGAAUCUCCUGAGAAGGAUACCCUUGUUACACCCGCUGAACUGAAAUAUAUACAGGAUUCCCGCGGCAGUCAGAUAGACGGGUCUAAGAUUCGUCACCCGUGGAGGGCGAUGCUGACCUCGGGCCCAGUGUGGGCUAUAGUGGUCGCCCACUUCAGUGAGAACUGGGGCUUCUAUACGCUGCUCACGUUCCUGCCCACCUACAUGAAGGACGUGUUCCUCUUCGAUACGUCGCAGACCGGUUGGCUGUCGGCGGUGCCGUACCUGGCGAUGGCGGUAGUGCUGCAGGUGGCGGGGCACCUCGCCGACUGGCUGCUGCGGAGGGGCCUGCUGUCCCGCACCAACGUCAGGAAACUGUUCAACUGCGGGGCGUUCCUGUGCCAGACGGUAUUUAUGGUGGCAGCGGCGUAUUCUACGUCAGUGAUAUGGUGCGUCGUGUUCCUCACUAUAGCUGUAGGUCUCGGUGGGUUCGCAUGGUCCGGUUUCAGUGUGAAUCAUUUGGACAUCGCAGCUCCUCACGCUAGUGUCCUGAUGGGCUUAUCCAAUACCGUGGCCACCCUACCCGGCAUCAUCAGUCCGCCGCUAGCUGGCGCCAUAGUCACUAACAAUACCGCCGAGCAAUGGAGGAUAGUGUUUUUCAUAUCAAGCGCCAUCUACCUGUUCGGAGCGAUAGUGUACGGGAUUCUGUGCUCGGGUGAGAGACAACCGUGGGUGUCACAAACACCCAGUCCCGCUGCCGGUUAUGAGAAUAGCGCGAUGGAUUAUAGCUCUGAAAUGUAAACGUGUAAUAUACAAUAUUGAAAAGUGUUACUUAGAUCUGACUUAACAAAACGAAGGUACAGUAGAACUAUAUUUAUAAGUUACACCAAUGUACUUGAAGUUAAAUUUUGGAAAGGCGUGAAUAAAAUAACUAAUAUUAAUGUUUUGCGUUUCCGCGCCAUUUUUGUUCGUUUGCUGUUUGGCGCCAUUUUAAAUUUGAUUUUUGCUGACGCUACUUAUAAAAAUAGUAGUACUGUACACACUUCGUGUUUAGAUAAUCUAAUUUCUUUAGUGGUAAGAGACAAAAUGUCAUGAGACCGGAUUGCAUGCAAUAUAAAAAAAUUGAAAUAUG